CACUUUUUCCGUCAUGCGCAGUAAUCAUGAUAAUUUCGAAAGUCGGCUUCCAUUAAAGAACAUGAAUUUCAGGUCAUAGUCAAAUGUCAAUCAUUUAACAAGACGUCAUUACUUCUGUUUGACAAGAAACUUUUAAUGGAUCCAAGAAUUGCUUGGUAUCAACCAGAACAUUUAGGAAUAGCACAUGAUAUAUGGACGUACAUUAUAGAAGCACAAUUAGGCGUGACAAAUAUGUCGCUGAAUAACAACGUGAACUCGAACAUGGACCAGAAGCAGAAAGAGUAUAUCCCUUUGAAUUACACUAAUGACUUUGAAAAGAAGCAUGCACCAACUAAUAGACAAUUAAGUGUACAGAAUGCGGAGAAUAGCUUUAAAAGAAAAAGAGACAAUCGUGCAAGCACUUACGGAUUAAAUCACUCCUCUUAUAAGCAUAAAAUGCUUGAUGGAAUGACUCCGUGGAAGCCUAAAGAUAAAAUGUAUUCUCCUGAUGUAAUUGGAUUACAUGAGGAAAUCAAAAACUUUUAUGACUAUAUGUCACCCACAUUAGAAGAGGCUAACAUGAGGAAUGAAGUAGUAGGAAGAAUCAAAGAAGUUAUUCAGGAGUUGUGGCCUGAAGCAAAGAUGGAGAUUUUUGGCAGUUUUAGAACUGGAUUGUAUCUACCUACAAGUGACAUAGAUUUAGUAGUAUUUGGAAAGUGGGAGAAUCUUCCUUUGUUUACCUUAGAGAAAGCAUUACUGGAAAGGGGAAUCACUGAUAGAAAAGACUUGAAAGUUUUAGAUAAAGCUUCUGUCCCAAUUAUAAAACUGACAGAUUCACAGACAGACAUUAAAGUAGAUAUCAGUUUUAAUACACAGAAUGCAGUUGAAAGUGCCAAAUUGAUAAAGACUUUCAUGGACAAUUUUCCUAAUUUGAAGUAUCUAGUCCUUGUCCUGAAACAGUUCCUGUUACAAAGAGAUCUGAACGAAGUUUUCACCGGUGGAAUAAGUAGUUACAGUCUGAUAUACAUGACAAUUAGCUUUUUACAGUUACACCCUAGAAUAGACGCUACAGAUCCAAGAGCCAAUUUAGGAGUGUUAUUAAUUGAGUGUUUUGAACUUUAUGGAAGAACAUUCAACUAUUUGAAAGCUGGUAUUAGAAUAAAAAAUGGUGGUUCUUAUGUGCCAAAGGAUGAAAUUCAAAAGAACAUGGAUAGUGGUUAUAGGCCAGCUCUACUUAGUAUUGAGGAUCCUCUGACAAAAGGGAAUGAUAUUGGACGCAGUUCAUAUGGUGCUAUGCAAGUGAAAUAUGCUUUUGAAUAUGCAUACUUGGUGCUCAGCUAUACAAUUACACCUACAACUCAGGGUACCUUCUUAUCCAAACAAAAUCAAAGCAUAUUGGGAAGAAUAGUUCGUGUGACAGAUGAGGUAGUAGAUUAUAGGAAAUGGGUCAAAGAGAACUUUCAAAAAGUCAUACCUAGAAAUACUAUACCUUUGUCUACAAGUAGAAGUUAUGCCAGUGUGGCAAAUGUUAAAACAACAGAUAAAGACCAGGAUAGCAACAGGGCAAGUCCAGAUGAAGUUGGAAGAGAUGACAAAUCAGAUUCAAGUUCUACAUGUUCUAUCUAUAAGUCCUCAUCAAGUUCAGCAUCAAAUUGUUCAACUUCUAGUUUGACUAGUGAUUCUGAAACAGAAACUGAUACCGUUCAGGUUAAAGAAUCUUGUACAAAACAAACAAACACUGCACCAAAUAGCAGUAAAACUGCACCAAAACAAGGAUCUUCUUUCCAGCAUAGUAAAGAAUUUGUUCGUAGUAGAGACUACAAUAAAAAUCCUACACACAAACGUGAUGGAAGCUCCAGUAGUGUUUCAUCCAAUCGGUCAGGAAGUAAUAACCGUCCCCGUCCCGUCUCAAGUGGUGCUAGCUAUGACUAUUAUGGACCAGGCAAAUCUGGUGGCCAUUCUAAUGUUCAUGUUGGACACAAUUAUAACAAGAACUAUAGAGGACAUGGGCAUCAAAAUGGCAAUCCACAGGGUAGUAAAGUCUUCAAAAGACGGAAAAACAGUGCCCCUUUUAACUCACAAACUAACAAUAAUUUUAGGAGAGACAAUGUUCAAACGAAUGCAACUGGUACUAGAUAGUAGAAGCUGUUAGACAGUGAGUGAGAAAGAGAGACUUGAAACUGAACAUGUGUGAUGACCGUUUAUGCUACAUUAAUGGAGGCUGACUUUUGUUUCAAUGUAAAUACACAUUAUUUUUUUUUAAUCAAGUUUCGUUUCAUGGAUUUGAUUCUUAAAGAAACUUUGAAAAAAAAUCUCAGCAACUAUGUUUUAUGUAUGUUUAAGUCAUGAAUAAAUUAACAUUUAUUUAAAAAUUUGAUUUGACUACGAAACUUAAUUUAAAAAAAAAAAGAAAAAAAUAUAAUUAAACACUACAAAGUUAGAGAAAAAAAUAUGAACCAACAUUCAUAGUGUAUAUUUAUCAUGUAAAGUCAUAUUUUGCUCUAAGAAGGUAAUCAAUUUGUAAUGUUCAAUUAUUCAUUCAUGAAGUUAAAUAAUACUUUAGGCAGGUAUAUUUUUCCAGUUUCAUAGUUAAAAAUAUAGAAUUAAAAAAUCAUAUGGUAAUCAUGCCACAUUUAAUUAUAAAUAUAUUACCAUAAUUUUUUCACAUUUGAAACAAUUUUCACUAAAUCUGUAAUACAUUUGUUGAUUUACAGUAGUGGUAAUUUUCAUUGAUUUCUAACACACAUUAAACAUGUUUCACAUCAUAUUUAUUCCAAAUUUAAUCAUCUCGGUAACUUUAGACAGUCAUUAUAACUUUUUUUAACAUUGUUUGUAACUCGUAAGCAAAGGAAAUUGUGAAAUUGGAACAACAUGCCUUUCAUCUAGAAAAAAUAGUAAAACUAGCUUUACAUUUUACAUUCAGAAGCCUUAUUCUGUGUUAAGCACAGGUUAAAUCAAGUUGUGAUAAUUAUGAGAGUGAGAUGAAAGUUUUAUGAAUGUUUUAUUAUAUAAGUGAGAGAGAUCAUUGAUCAAUGUUUAUUCUUAAUAGUGUUGUGAAUAAGUGUAAUUGCAUUGAAUAUACAGUAUCAAAAAGUAAUCUCUUGAAUGAAAAAACUUCCUUAUUAAAUAUAGCCACUUCAGUGAAGUGUUUACUACUAAGUCAGAUCUUUUAUAUGAUCAAGAUCAUUGUGUGAAAAAAACAGGUUUUAUGCUUGUUGAAAUAUUCAGAAUACCUUCUGGUAUUGUUUGCAAAACUAUAUUAAGAGACCAGAAUAAUAGAAUUCUUUCAACUGAAACCACUAUUGGCCAAUGUGAUGCACAUAGACUUUUAAGUUUUUGUUUACUACUUAAAUCUGUCACACACUUUUUACAUAUUAAAAGGGUUGUCUGUAAGAUUAGCAGCUAUUGGGGUUGAAAAGAUAAACAAUUGUGUACCAAAGAUAUAGUUUUAAAGUGCUACAUUAUUGUUUUACUGUUUUAGAUGUUUAAAACAAAUCCUGUUAAAUUCUAUACCUCUCUCUUAAAAGUUUCUUCUUUGUAAUUUGUUUAAAACAAAUCUUUACCUCUCUCUCUCUCUCUUUAGGUUUAUCAUUUUCUUUUCCAUUAUUGAAAUAUAAACUUUUUUUCUCAUUUUCUUGUCCAUUAUAGAAAUAUAAACUUAUGAGUUUUCAUAAUUGGUGAUUCCCAUAAUGUUUUUAAUAGUAUUAACAUUAUAAAUAUAUUCUUUCUAGCUAAAGCUAAGCAUCUUCUUGAUUAAGUUCAAUAUUUGUAAGAGUAGUUUAUAAAAAAAAAAGUAUAAUAUUCAAUGUCUGUAUAUAAGUAUGUAUAAUGUAUGUUAUUAGUGCUAUAAGUGAAAUAAAAUGUAUUCAAUUAAGACACCAAACUCUCUUGUUAAUUUGAAGUGUAUGAUUAAAUGUAGAUUCAUGAAGAAAAAUACCGGUAGUAAGCAGUGGGCAUAAGGGGAAAGAAAUCCAUGACCUCUUCUAUGAGAUGAUUUUGCCAGGGCAUUUUUUAAAAGGUUAUUGUGUAUACUUGAGUUUGUAUAUGACUGCUCGGGAUCUAAAGCGUUGUACAUAUCAUGUUUGUUUUAGUUUUAUGUUUUAGGAAUGUAAAGAGAGAGUAAAGUGUAUCAAGUGCCCCCCAUUUUACUGAGAUUGUUUCAUGUUUAUAUAUGUAUGUUUGUGCCCAUCAAUCUACCAUAUUGUUAAUCACUUUCAUUUUAUCAUUGUCAAGUGUUUCAUAUUUUAGUUUUAUAUAGCUUGUCACUACAAAAUAUUUCAUUGUCAAAAUGCUUCAUUAGAACUGCAUAUAAAAGGUGUAAAUUUUCUUAAAAGCGCUGAGAUGUGAAUAUUAUUAGGAAUGGAUUUGAAUGUGCAUUUCUAUGUAGAAAAAACUUAUUUUGUAAUGACAAACUAGAUAAAUGCCUCCAUGUUUUUGUUGACUGUUACAACAUUUUGUUACUUGUCAUUUUACAAGCUAGUCAGUAUUUUCAACAUGCCAAAUUUUAUCUACUAUGACCAUAGGUAGCUUCAUGUAUCUGGGAAUGAAUUCUUCAUGACUUGUUUGAGACAUAUGAAUAAAAGGGGAUACUUUGUGCUGUAUGCAUGAAUCAUCCAAACUUAAGUUUUUUGACAAUUACUUUUUCAUCGUAAGUGAUGUCUCAAAGAGAAAUCAUACAUUCUCUACUUAAUAUUCCAAAUUAUGUGAAUAUAAAGUUUUCACCUUAUUAUUUACUAUCAGAACAGCAGAUGCUAUGAGUAACACAGACAAAAACCUGCUGUACACAAUUGGGGUCGAUUGCAAAAUUUAUUUUACUGCAAUAGCAAUUGGAAAGAAAGACAAAAAUCUGCUAUCCAUAAUAGCCAACUCAGUAUUGCAAUUCAAAUCAGACUCAAAUCUGCUGUACAUGAAAGCAAAAAAAAAAUGGUUUGAUCAGCAAUCAUGAUCAUAGAUUGUAUUGUAUCUGCUGUACCGAUAGUAGGUAAUAGAGUGUGGUUUUGAUCUAUAAUGGAUAGGCAGCAGUUAUUUCAACAUCCGUAAUAUAAUUGCCCACAGAUUUAGGCUAGGCAAGUCUUGGUGCUUUUAAUAAAAAAAAUACAAAAAGUGACAAAAAAAGCCUUCUAGUUCCAUUUGAAAUCGGGAGCAAAACAAUUUGGCACUUUUGUAUAUAUAUUACUGUAAUCAAUUUUUGUGCCAGUUUUGAAUAAUUGUGAUAGUAAUUUGUCCAACAUCUAUAUAUGCCAAUAAUGAAUUAAAACACCAUUUUUUAAAAAUUUAAAUACCAAAUUUUUUUUUUUUUUUUUUUUUAACAAAAUUAGUUGUGCAGCAUAUACUUAAUUUUGUUAACAAUUUGAAGUAGGUCAAAAUCUCAAAAUUAAUUAUUUAUUCACAAUGUUUUUUUGUUGAUUAAAAGCAUUCAAAGUAUAUUGUAGUCCUUAGUAUGAUGUGGAAUUAUGCAUUUAUUGAUACUAGUCCAAUGAUACUAACAUAUUGGUCUUUCCCUGUUAAAAUGGCCAGUUUAAUAAAAUGCAAUUAUAGUACAUGUAACACGAACUUUCUCAGUUGUUUGAAGAUCAUGAAGCAAUGUUAUGUAAAUGUUAUUAUUGUUUAUAUGUUAUUUUGUUACACAUUUGUCAAAGCAGAAAUCCUCUCAUUUAAUUAUUGUCUUUCUGUAGGAAUUUUAUAAUUUGUCUGUGUAGUGUUAUAUUUUAUUGCAAAUAGAAAAUUAUUGAAAAAAAAAAUAUUGAUGAAAAAUUAUGUUAAAAGUUUCAGGUUAUAUCUAGAAGAAAGUCCACUGAAUUUAAAAAAAAAAAGGUUUUGUAUUUUGUUUAAUAGGUUCUAUAAUUAGAAUGUAUUUGUGUUAAUCAGGUUUGCUUAAUAUAUCCAAAAUGGUUAAAAUGCCAGAAAAGAAAAAGAUAUUUCAAAUUCGAAUUGUCUGCUGUAAAUUUUUAUCAAGCAAGGGAAAUUGUGUGAAAAAUUGAACAUUUUUACAUCAUAUAAAACUAGUCAGUUUAUAUUUCUUUCAUCUGGAAAUCCUGAAAUUCACUUUAUUAAACAAUCUAUCCAUAGAUACUUAUUCACUUAGAUUUAUACUUGCAUUUUAACCAAUUUAGAAUUAAAAAAAAAAAAAUUGAAGAAACAUACAUGGAAUUAUAAAAAAAAGAAAAAUCCACAAAUUUGUUGACUAGUAUAAAUAAUUAAUUAUUUUGAUAGUUUAAACAUAUAUAAUUGUAAAAAAAUGAAAAAUGAAUUAGACUUAAGUUUUUCAAACUUAGAAACGUCUAUUCAGUCUUAUUUUGGUAGUUGACAGAUUCAUAGAUAUAAAACAGUACUGCAUUUUUAGUGUCUAAACAAGAUAUUGCUCAAGGUUAAAUAUGUGUAUUUUUGUGAUGUAAGUUGUAAUUACUCAGUUUUAUUUCAUAUUGAUAUAUUUUUUGCUAUAUUUUGUUCCUUUUUUUCUGUAUAAAAGUAUAAGCUGUGGUACAGCAUUUUAUUCUGAGUCUAAUUUAACUUUUAUAAAGUCAAACUGAUAUUGUUUAAUUAAAAUGAAUGCAUAAUAAAACAAUGCCAUUUAGGGUUCUAAGUAAAUUAGUUCAUUCUAUGCAGUUUUUAUAUGACAUUAUUUUCUCUACAGAAUUAGAAAUAUAUAAUAAUUGAUUGACUGUAUCAAACAGAUGUUUAAAGUUUUUGAUAAAUUUGAAGAACUUGCUUUUUAAUGUCUAUAUGUUUUCUCCUUGAAUGAUUUAGUGGAGAGAUGUGAUGUUACAUUUUAUAUUUUACAACACUACAUUUUUUAUUUAAACACUAAAAAUAUGAAUAUAGUUUUUCAUGUAUAAUAGUCAAAAGAUUAUUAUAUUAAUAAUAUACACUAUUUAUUAGAAAUACCCAAAUUUAAUGAAAAGUUAUUUUUAAGGAAAAUUUUACCUUUUAAUAAAUCUUCUUAGGAAAAAUAAUGUAAAAAACUUAUUAAGUGGGUAAAAAGGAAAAAAGUCACAAUAUUAAUGUGUUUACCAGUACAAAAUAAUGAUCUUGAAUUAUUGAAACAGUUUCCAUCGAAAGAAAAACGAUUCUAGCAAAUAAAAGUUGUUUUCUUUGUAUCAAAAUGGUUCUGAAGUUUUUCUGUACCAUAUUUACGCUUUUAAACUGUUAUAAUAUUUGAGUAUUUUGUGAAAUAUUUCAGCACAUUAAUAUUUUGACUGGAUUCCUUGUAACAUAAAUGUUCACACAUACAAUGCAGAAGUUCUGCCAGAUGUAUUUAUAUUGAAAAUAUGUUUAAAUCGUUUAUAUUGAUAGAUCACAAAGAUCUGUGCAAUAUUGUUACUGUAAAAGAAGUAAAAAAACAAAUAAAAACAAUAAAAUGAAAUAAAAAUGAAAAUAAUUA